CCUAUCCUGUCUUCCUCACAGAUUCUGCGCUGUGUCUCUAGCGAUAGCUGAUCGCCUAGGGAUGCACUGUCUAUGACUACAGGAGAUUCCUCCACAACAGUCCCCUCAACCCCAACCGUGCGUGCGCGCCGCAGCAACCGCAACAACACAACUUCUAUCUCCCACGCACCGGCAAAAUGGUUGGCAAGAAAUCAGGAAAAGCCCUUCUUCGAGAUGAAGGUCUCGAAAGAACGGAUAACAACAUGGACUUGUCGAGCUGGCCUCAAAUCGCUCCAAUUAACCAGAAAAACUACUAUACUGACUACCUUAAGAGAGACGACCAACUCCUUGCCUUCCGGCUCCAAAAUGAAGAAGCUCGCAACCGCAUGACCAAAUCCGCCAAAGACCGGGACCGAGCACUUGCCCUAGGCAAACAGGAACAAGGCGAGGCUGAGGUGGAUGGUGAUACGGUGAUGGAAGACGCCGAAGAGGCACCCACAGAGGCAGCGGGGUCUAAGGUCAUCGUUAUCCACGUCGGAAGCCAGAACCUGCGCAUAGGGCUUGCGAGUGACGCGCUUCCUAAAACGGUGCCUAUGGUUAUUGCCAGAAAGUCCGCCAAAAAUGAGUCUGAAGAAGAAGGCGUUGAGCCACGGCCAAAGCGACUUAAAUUAGACGAAGACGAAGAUGAAGAGGGGAUUGAGCCAGAGAAGCAAUUUGGGCCAGAGUUCGCAGCAGAAUACACUUCGAUGUCAGCUGACCUCAAGGUGCAUAUGAGGCAAAAUAAGAGGAGAACACUGCCAAACUCCAAGGAAAUGGUCAUCAACUACAAUCGCAGAACACAGCCCGAGCAUAUUCCAGAACAUAAUGACCCCGAAAGAAUCGAAUGGACUGAGAUUCCUAGUCCAGCUCCAGAAUAUAUUACUGGACAGGAGGCUCUUAGAAUACCCGACGACUCAAAUCCGCGAUACAAGCUGUCUUGGCCAAUCCGUCAUGGAUGGUGCAACGAAGAAGCAUAUGACAACACCCGGUUUUUAUUCCUUGACAUCUCAUUGAUCCUAGAAGACGCUAUCAAAACGCAACUAGGCCUGACGAGCAAGAAGGAAUGGCCCAACUAUUCGUGUGUCUUUGUCAUCUCGGAUCUCUACGAAAAAACCUACGUCACCAAUAUCUUGGAGAUGCUAAUGAAGGAGUUCUCCUUUGCGCGAGUCUGCUUUAUUCAAGAAGCCCUCGCAGCCUCCUUCGGCGCUGGAUUCACGUCUGCUUGCAUCGUCGACAUCGGAGCACAAAAGACAUCUAUCUGCUGUGUAGAAGAAGGAAUGUGCAUUGAAAACUCGCGCGUGAAUCUCAAAUACGGAGGCUACGACGUCACCGAGACAUUCAUCCGCAUGAUGCUCUACGACCAUUUCCCAUACACCGAGAUCAACCUCAACCAGCGGUACGAUUUCCUCCUCGCAGAGGAAUUGAAAAAGAACAUCUGCACCAUGCUCGAAACCGGCGUUUCGGUGACAGUCUUCGACUUCCAUCUCCGCAUUUCCGGGCAGGAUACCAGGAAGUACGCAUUCAAGGCCUACGAUGAACAACAUCUCGCGGCAUUGGGCUUCUUCAACCCAUCCAUCUUCGACAACACCGCGAAACUCAACGGCCGUCACAAACUCCUCACACGGUCAUACGAUAUCUACGAUGGUCAGCCCAAUGACCCUACAUCAGCCGCACAGUCCGAGAUCCUGUCUGCCAUCGCACCCCCAGCCCCUGAACCGGCCGCCGAUGACGAAAAACAAACUUCCAAUGGCACACACGACAUCCAAGCCACACCCAGCCGCUCCCAGCAACACCUCAACGUCCUCAACCGCAUCCAGGACUCCGAAGCAACCCCUCGCUCCUCCGUCGCUGGCUCCCCAGCCCCGGAAGCCAGCAGCACACCUCAAAUCAACAACGGAACCGGCACACCCGCACCCACCACCGACAAACUCUCCACUACCCUCUUACCCCCAGCCCCUCGCGCCCCCUCAAUCGAAGAACGCGACGACGUCCUCCCCAUCUUCCCACUCGACCAAGCAAUCCUGACCUCCGUCGAGCACGCUGCGCGCUCCGAUGAUCGCAAAAUGCGGGAUUUCAUGGGCGGAAUCAUGCUGGUGGGGGGCGGCAGCCAGAUCACAGGCUUCCAUGCCUACCUCGAGGCACGCCUACACACGCUGCGGCCGACAUUCGCAAAGGAGAUUAUGAUUGGCACACCACCGCGGGAUCUGGAUCCGCAAGUAGUGGUGUGGAAGGGGGCCAGUGUGUUUGGGAAACUGAAUACGACGAAUGAUAGUUGGAUUGGAAGGUUGGAGUAUGAUCGGUUGGGGAGUCGGUUGUUGGCUUAUAAAUGUAUGUGGGCUUACUAAAAUAAAUGUAAAGGUAUGAUAUCGGUUUUGUAAGUUUUAUGUUCAUUGAUGUGGGUCGGUGUUGGUUUGUUGGUUUUGUGGUUGAAUGUCAGGCGGUUUUGUUACAGCGGCAGAAUUGAAACUUGGGAAUGAAAUUUGGUACCUUUAUUUUUUCGGCAAGAUUGAAUGGCAACACUUGGAGUAGGAUUAAGGUGAAACUGCCAUCUUGAUACACCACAGUAUGCUCGCAUGUGACAUGUCCGCUGGCACAUGGCAUAUUGCGCUGCUAUCUGUAGUCCAGCCCAUAUCCCAUGCCAGACAGCGAGCUUUGAUUUUUGACAUAGUUUACCCGAUCCAGUUUUGUGAUGCUAUAAUAUAGACCCCUAUUCCUCUCUUGGCAGAC